AUGGCCCCAGCAACUGUUACCGUCGUCUACCCAAAGGGAGCGAAGUUCAAUAUGGACUACUACAAGUCGACACACAUGCCUCUUGUCCAGAAGAAGUGGGCUCCAAUGGGUCUCACUUCCUGGAAGGUCAUCAAGUUCAGCGAUGAUGCUGAAUACUGUGUGCAAGCCACUUUGGAGUUCAAGGACAUCCAAGCGUUCCAGGCUGCGGCGUCCGGCGAGGAGGCAAAGGAGGUGCUCGGUGAUGUGCCAAACUUCUCCGAUAAAGAGCCAGUGAUCCUCGCUGGCGAGGUUCAAUUCACGUCCUAG